AUGCGAUUCUUUAUCCGUGCUCUUUCUCUUGCCGUAGCUGCCGCAUCGUUCCUUGCUCAUGCGGCACCUCUUGCAACUCGCUCAACCAAGGAUUCGAUCGCGGGCCGAUACAUCGUACAGCUGAAGCCGGACGUGGACGUCGCGACAUUUACCGCUCAUCGUGAGAAGGUCCGCAGUAUAGUAGCUCGCCAUCUCGGACGAAGAGACGACAUCGACCUGAACGCAGGGAUCGAUCAGGAGUACAACUUUGGAGACUUCAAAGGCUAUGCCGGGGCCUUCGAUCCAGUCGUUGUUGCCGAAUUGGAGGCAUUAGAUGAUGUGUUCCUCGUCGAAAAAGACUUCUUGAUGUAUCCUACGGCUUUCAUAACGCAGACCAGCGCACCAUGGGGUCUUGCAAGCGUAUCCUCCAGGACCAGAGGAGCUACCAGCUAUGUAUACGAUUCGACAGCUGGCAGCGGCACCUACUCGUAUGUACUAGACAGUGGAAUCCGAACGACCCAUGUCGAGUUCGAAGGCCGCGCUUCCUGGGGAUACAACGCAGCCAACACCAACAAUGCCGAUGUCACCGGUCAUGGCACCCACGUAGCUGGUGUAAUUGGUUCGAAGACCUACGGCGUUGCCAAGAACACGACUCUCAUUGCGGUCAAGGUAAUAGGCGAUGAUAACGUCGCAGCUGGCUCCAGUGUGCUGGCCGGCUUGAACUGGGUGACAAACGAUAUCGUUACCAAGAGCCGACUGGGUUCAGCCGUGGUGAACUUAUCGCUCGGUGGGCCGGCUUCCUCAUCCAUGGAUAACGCUGUGAACGCAUUGGCGAACCGAGGUAUACUGCCUGUCGUCGCUGCAGGAAACGAAAACCAGCCGGCUGCAAAUGUCUCGCCAGCUCGUGCUGCCAACGCACUCGAGUGGUACCUCGGCGUCUGCACCUUUCGUGGCUGGUCUGGUAUCUUAUCUGCGCGGUCUCGAAGGGCAAUCGAUCGGCCCGGCCGCGAGGGCAAGAGUUUUGGCAUUGGCUACUGUAAGUGA